GCCCAACAUGGCGGCGGGUCUCGUGCUGCUGCUGCUGGGGGCGCUGGGCGGGGCCGCGCGGCAGGACCUCUCCUCCCUCUGCAGGUGUCGAUGCAGUACAACCCUGGCUGGAACAGCUCCUCUGUGAACCUGCUGCACGUGCAGGCCGUGGGGCCUGGUGACACCCUGCACUACAUCUGGAGCAGCAUCGGGGCCCCCGCGGUGCUGCUGGUGGCCACGGAGGGCAGGAGCAGUUCCCUGCACAUCAACUGGACCCAGCUGCUCUCGCCCACUCCUGCAGGUGCCAUCUGGAUCGACCCCCCCAGCAGUGUGGUCUACUCAGCUGCCAUUGUUUUCACCAAGGUGUUCGAGUACAGCGAGACCCCAGCCCUGCAGGAAACCUUCUACCCCACCUACGACCUGUCCGAGUUCUCCUGGGACAGCAUCAACCACACCCUGAACCGGGCGGCGCUGACGGCCGAGCUGGCGGGCGUCCCGGCCUCCCCCCCGGGGGGCAGCUUCUCCAACGGCAGCCUGGCCUUCCGGGUGACAGCCUACGGGGCGGGCGGCCGUGACGAGCCCCUGCCCAGGCUCCUGCACACGGCAAACAGCUCCAAGGUGGAGUUUGUCCUGGCUGGGGUGGCCCCGCGGGGCAACAGCUCCCGCUUCCUGCUGGAGGUGGCCACGGUGGAGGAGGCAGGGGUGGUGCAGAAGCUGCGCUCCUCGCGCUCCAUCGACGACGAGUUCACCCCCACCGUCUUUGAGAUGCUCUCCCUGGAAGCCGAGGCCCAAAACAGCAGCUCCAGGCUCAGCUUCCUGCAGUGGAAGGCGACAGCCUACGGGUCCCGGAGCCCCCGGCGCGAGGACGGCAUCGAGUGCCGGGCACGGGGGCUGAGAGGGGGCAACUGGACCCUGCCCGUGUCCAGCAUCAUCCCAGCCUACUUUGGGGAGGGUGUGGGCAGCACCUACACCGUCAGCGCCAUCAACAUCUCCUUUGGGGGAGAGGAUGGGAAGGUUUACCAGGAGAAACGUUACCUGAGCUGGUCGGCACUGCUGGGCUUUGGGCAGCCCCCUGAGGACACCUUCUCCCCCCUGGUCAUCUCCAUCAUGGCUGUGGCACUGGGCACCCCCACGGUGGUGCUCCUGGUGGGCAGCUGCCUGGUCCUCUGUGCCCAGAGGAAACGCUACUCUGAGUAUGAGCCCAUCAACUGAGUGGGAUGAUCCCUGCAGAGGACUCAGGAUCCUUCUUUGUCACCAGGGAACAGCCAUGGCUGCUGCAGGGGCUCCAAGGCCUGUGGUCUCCUGUGUCCUCCUCUCUGUCCCUGCAGUCCAGCUCAGAGGGGACAUGGGCAACAUCUGCAGCAGUUGCCCGGGCUGUGUGUCCCUCUGUCCUGCCGGGAGGUCCUGCCAGGUCCUGUGUCUGGUCACGCUUCUUCUCUGCUUCCUGCUGAUGCAUCCAGCCAAGGGAAGGGACUGGGGGGAGCUGGUUGCCUGGAGCCACUGCAAGAUCCUCCUUCUGCCACGGGGUAAAACCGCUGUUGUCACGUCUGCAGCCACGUGGGGCUGUGUCCUGUGUCCUGUGUCGCUCCUUGUUUCGGCGGCUCUAACCAGGGACGGGGCUGGAGGACACGGCGGGGGGCUGAGCCCGCUCCUGCCACUCUGCAGGCAGCUUUGCUGCUUCUCACCGCGCUGGGGGCAUCCCAGAACAGCCCCCCCAAACCCUGCUGGGGCUCACGGACCCCUCAGUCCCCGGAGGGACUCCCAGUGCCCCUUUGCAGCCCCUGCCUGAGCUCAGGGACGUCCCCUCAGCCCCCAAAGCACCGACGCAGCCGCGGUCUCCACCGCUGGCUCCUCAGGGAGGUGCUGUCAGGCGCUUGGAGCCUUGGGGUGAGCGUGGUCGGGGGCUGCUCGGUGCUGGCAGAGGUACCACCUCACUUGGGGGUCGCUGGGUCUCCACGUUCUCCAUCACUGACUCGUGUUUGACCAAAUAAAGUGGGUUUCCAAGAGGUU